GGUAAUAUUUUUUUCCUUUUUAUAAUUUUGCUUAAAGCGAUGAAAAGAGAUGUCUGGGACACUGUUUUGUAGUUGAAAUUUUUUUGGUAAUUUUUGAAAAAAUUUUGAAAUUUUUUUUGACUUUUCUGGCUGACAAUGAGCCCUGCCUGUUUAAUGGGCUAAUAAUUAAAUAAAAUUAAUUAAGCUUACCUUCCACUUAUUUUUUUAUUUUUAAAAUUCAAGCAUUUUCCCUCUAACCUCUCUUACCUAAUUUUCUAAUUUUACAACUUUAAUGCCCUCCGGGGAUUCCCUUUUUUCGCCACUUUUUAAAAACACUCGAGACAAAUUUAAAAUAUUAAAGAAAGAACAGGUUUUUUGUCUUCCCUAUUGUUAUUAUUAUUGGCCUAUUAAAAAUAAAUUUAAAAAUAAAUUUUUAAAUUUCUACAAAAUAUAUAUUUUUCAGUUUAAUUUAAAUGCAACAAUAUUCAUUGUUUAUUUUACCUUUUAUACUGGAUCAAAUUUCAACACAACUUUCCCCUAUAAUCAAACAAACAAUUAAAUUUGGAAAUGUUUCUUUAGUGAGGGAAAUUCGUUUUUCUGAAAACACAACAUUAGUAGAUGAUAUUAAAUUAUUGGACAGAAUUUUUGAACAAAAAAUAAUUAAAGAACAAUCAACUAAAAAGGAAGAAAAGAAAAUAAUAAUAAAACAAAAGAAGAGAUUAGUGAAGGAUAAAGGCCCUAGAGCAAGAAUUUUAUUAGUUGGAGAUCAUUCAUUGUUUGAAAAAUUUUUUGGAUUGUAUGGUGAAGAUGAAUAUGCUGCCUAUAAUGGUCUCAGUUUAUAUUUAAAUGGAAUAUUCAGUCAAUUAAAAUCUGUGUUUGAUAAUCAACUUUAUUUCUUUAAUAAAUUCUCUUUGAGAUUAGAAAUGGUUGGCAUGCCAAUGAUUAUUCUUCGCCCAAAAGAUUGCCCACUACGAGGGCCAUUACAAAAUUUUAUCAGUCAACAUUAUCUAGAUAAAAUAAACACAACAUUAAUUAAUUCUUCUGUUCCUUUAACAAACUCUUCUAUUCAAAUUCAACUGGAAAAACAACAAAAACAAAUGAAUUAUGUUUGGCGUUCGUUAGAUAGCUUAGUAGCAGUGCAGUGGGCAAGUAAGUGGGUUAAGCAAAAUGAACCCACAGGGAAUUUACCGAUUCAUGAACAUUUGAUGAUUAUAACAGCUUUGGAUUUACUUUCACAUCGAAAUGAUUCUUCUACUCAAGGAAUGGCUUAUGUUCGAGCAAUUUGUAGAGGUUAUGAUAGCGUUUCGAUUGUUGCAGCACAUGAAUUGGCUCAUAGUAUUGGAGCGUCUCAUGAUGGAUUUGGCGAAAGCGAAAAUUGUUCGGCUCGUCAAAAUUUUUUAAUGACUCCAGUCUCUGCUUCACACCCAUUCGAUGCUAAAUUUGGCGAUACUUUUGGAAAUGCAUUUAUUUUGAGUAAAUGUUCUCGACAACAAAUUGAAGAUUUUUUUAAUUCAUCAGAUUCUAAUUGUCUUUGGUCAGAAGAAGAAGAAAAAAAUUUAUUCUGGUCAAUGUUAGAAGAAGAAUUUCAAUCGUCUUUAAAUGCUUUAAAUAAAAAUGGAAGCAAUAUUUUAUUUGAUGAUGAAAAUUAUUUGUUGGAAGAGGAGAAACAAUUGAUGAAUAAUAAAAAUGGAAAAGAAGAGGAAAUUAAAUUUUUAAAAAUUUUACCGGGAGAACAAUUUAAUCCUUCUAGACAAUGCCAAAUAGCCUUUGGGCCUAGUUAUGAUUUCCUUUUGUUAACGUCUGAUUCCUGUCGUCGUCUAUGGUGUAAAGAUAGACGCCAAAGACGGUGGGGGCCCUGUGAGACUAAAGGAUUUUUACCUUUAAUGGAUGGAAGUAGUUGUGGAGAUCGAAAGUGGUGUAUAAGAGGACAAUGCCGGCCAAUGCCUGGAGUAUCAGAAGAGGGAAACAAGAACAGUAAUAAUGAGGAGAAUAAAAGUUCGGGUAAACAAUGAAAAACAUUAAUAAAAACAAAAUCAGA